AUGGCGGCUCGUUUGUUUGAAAUCACGGAGGAAGACUCCUUCCUGGUGGUCGCGACGUACCUCGGCGAGCUGCUCGAUGGUGGCGAGGCGCCCGCAGGGGAGCAGGCAGAGACCCCAGGCUCUCGCUUUGCAACGGAGAGCAGGGAGCUGUACACCAGCGACCGCACGGCGGAGCUGCUGGACAAGUACGUAUCUCAGCUAGACACCGUGUUUGCCAGCGCUGGGGAGGACACAGGCAAUCUCGAGAGCGUGCUGGACAUCCUGUGCCACCUGGUCCCACGCACCGCCCUGUCCAGCCCCCAGCAAGUCCUGCCCGCAGCCACCAAGCUGGCCGCCGCCCUCGCAGCAGACGGUGGCAGCCACGUGCAGGUACGACUGCAGGCCCUGACCACGCUGUACAACGUGCUGGAGUCGGGCGAGGCGCGGCACGCCGUCCUGCUGCGCACGCUGGGCUUCGCGCGCGCCACAGGCUCCGCUGACGUGCUGCUGCCGGUGAUCCGCGCCUCGGCCGCCACCUGGGCCCGCGACCUCGGUCUGGACCGGGUGAGGGAGCGGGAGCUGCUGUCAGCCGCGGCCGAUGCGCUGGAAGGCCCCUCCUCCACGCCGCGGGAAAGCGCGGCGGAGGUGCAGCGCCUGCUGGCCCGCAUCCUGGCCAGCUACGAGGGCGUGGCCGGCAAGGAGCUGGCGGGGGGUAGACCUGUUGCCGCGCGCGUCGUCGCCGACUUCCUGCGCUCCGGCGAGGCCUUCACCUUUGACCUGCUGGGCAACCCGGCGGUGGCCUCGCUGGCCGCCGCCUCCGACACCGCCCCCCUCCACUUCCUGCUCAAGACCAUGCUGGUGGGCGGCGUUCGUGACUUCCGUGCCACGCUGGCCGAGUACCCGGACCUCCUGCCCUCCCUGGGCAUCGCGCCGGAGGCCGCGCUGGCUAAGAUGCAGGUCAUGGCCCUUGCGGGGCUGGCCCACGUCAACCCCGUCCUCACCUUUGAGCAAAUACAGGACGCUCUGGAGAUCCGGGCAGAGGAGGUUGAACCCUUGCUGGUCAGGGCCAUCGGCAAGAAGCUGCUGGAGGCGCGCAUCGACCAGCUGGCCCACACCGUGUCGGUGUCCAAGUCUGCUCCGCGCGCCUUUGGCGACGGCGACUGGAAGGCGCUGCAGGCCACCCUGCGUGUCUGGCAGGGCGCGCUGGAGCGGGCGGAGCAGAUUGCAGAGGACCGAAAGGGCCUGCUGCAGCAGGGCCUGACCGCCAUCAAGGCCUGA